GGAAACAUGUCACAUCAAAGUACUGAAACAGUGUUGUGACUUGUGAGCAUGGAGAAGGAAAAUAUUCGGAGUCGGAUAUCCUCACUAUUGCAUCUGAAUGCCACAAAAGUGGUUCAUGUUACCUACACAAGUGAUGCAUUUAACAACAAAGCCGAUGGCAGCCAAAAUUUCUCUUCUGCAGACAUUCUUUCUUCUGUUCAAGGCAAGCUAACAUCCUAUGAUGCAGCUCAUAGCAACAACGUUGAUUCAGUCAGGAGGAAUCACUUUUCAUCUCAUGCAGCUAUUGCUAAUGGCAGCUGGGAGCAUAACCAUAUGAAGAAUCAGCCUGUCAUGACACCGUACCAUGCUCCUCAUUCCGUUCCUGCCACUACUCCUCGCCCUAUUUGUAGUAUCUCCAUCCCUACUCUCAAUAACAACAACGUUGAUGCGGGCAUGUGGAAUGAAAUAUCAUCUGAUGUCAGUGUCAGAAAUCACUCUGCUCCUCGUCCUGUUUCCUAUCCCACUGUCACUGUGCUUAUUCAUGGUAUCACUAACCUUUGGUCAUAAAUUUCAAUCCAUUUUUUUAAUUGAUUUUGGCAAAAACUGAAAAGUCACUUUAUCAAAUUUAGUUGAAUUCCUUAUAAUUAUACACAUUUUUCCCCCAAUUAUAUAAAUCUUCUG